AUGUCGCAAAUCUUGAAGAGACUUCAUCGUGGAGGCGGUGGAUCUAGAGAAGGAGAUGCGUCAGGAGGCGAUAAAGGCAAAGGGAAGGCUUCUUCUUCAAAAGGCAAAGGAAAAAUGAUGGCGUGCAACGAAGCUUCAAAACUGGAUUGUGCUAUGGUGGGUGCUGUAAUUCCUAACUUCAGAGCUGGUUUGUGUUUGUUUUUGAUACGUGCUUGUGUAAAUUAUCUCAAAUUGGAGCUUAUCAGGAGGCUUUGUAUCCAAAGAUCUGCUAGCUUUCUGCCUUACUACUGGGCUGUAUUGAGACUGCCUAGUUGCAGUGAAGUUGGAAGUUGCUGGAUAGAUGUCAAGACAGUUGAUGGGAAAAUCAUUGUGUCACAUAUUGAUGAACCAUAUUCCUUUACUAUUGGUAAAUCUGAGUUACCAAAAGCGCUUGAGGUGGGCAUUGGGACAAUGACACGUGGAGAAAAAGCAGCAAUUUUCCUGAGUAAAAGCUACAUGACAAAAUCUUCUCUUUGGUCGAUGAUUGAAGGUUACGAUGAGAUUCAGUUUGAAGUUGAACUGGUCCACUUUAUUCAGGUAAGGGACAUGCUUGGUGAUGGCCGUCUUAUAAAACGCCGUGUUGUUGAUGGGCAAGGUGAAUUUCCCAUGGACUGCCCUCUUCAUGAUAGCUUGUUGAGAGUGCAUUACAAAGGAAUGCUUCUUGAUGAAGAAAAGACAGUGUUUUAUGAUACUAAAGUUGAUAACUAUGGCCAGCCUUUGGAGUUCAAAUCUGGAGAAGGGCUUGUGCCUGAGGGACUUGAAAUGUGUGUUCGACUUAUGCUUCCUGGAGAGAUAGCACUGGUCACUAGUCCUCCUGAUUAUGCAUAUGAUAAAUUUUCAAGGCCUGCUAAUGUUCCUGAAGGAGCUCAUGUCCAGUGGGAAAUCGAGUUGCUUGGCUUUGAGAUGCCCAAGGAUUGGACUGGAUUGACAUUUCAAGAAAUUAUGGAUGAGGCAGAGAACAUCAAAAACACGGGAAAUAGGUUAUUCAAAGAAGGGAAGUAUGAACUUGCUAAAGCAAAGUAUGAGAAGGUGCUUCGGGAGUAUAAUCAUGUAAAUCCUCAAGAUGAUGAGGAAGGGAAAAUCUUUUUGAAUUCAAGAAACACAUUACAAUUGAAUGUUGCAGCCUGUUAUCAGAAAAUGGAUGAACACAGAAAAUCUAUUGAGACUUGCAAUAAGGUGUUAGAUGCUGGCCCUGCACAUGUCAAGGCCUUGUAUCGACGUGGCAUGGCAUACAUGUUGCUUGGAGAUUUUGUAGAAGCAAAGAAAGAUUUUGAAAUGAUGAUGAAAGUUGAUAAAACUGCAGAACCUGAUGCUAUAGCUGCCCUUCUUAAGCUAAAACAAAAGGAGCAGGAGACUGAAAAGAAGGCAAGGAGACAAUUCAAAGGGCUAUUUGACAAGAAGCCCGGAGAAAUUUCUGAAGUUGGGAAUGAUGUAAAAGAUGGCAGCACUCCUGAUGACUCAAAGCCUGAAACUCAGAACACCAUGUUGGAAAAAGAAACUGGUGAUAAGGAUCACAUUGAUGGAGAUGCCGCUGAGAGUAUAUAUGAACCAGAUAGGAUAGGGCUUCUUGGCCGGUUAUGGCCUUCUGGGAGUCGGAUCUUUGCUGCUCUUGGAUUGAACAAAUGCUCAAUACUGUGAAGUGAUGUUCUGUUAGUGAAUAUUUCAAACUUGCAGAUAGCUACUUAAUCACCUUGUUUCCUCUCCAAAGUUGACCUUAUUUGGAGCUAGUAAUUUAAUUUUAUUGCAGCUUCUGUUGUUGUUCUGUUGUUUCUCUAAUCUCACAAUUUUAUUGUAUACCAGUUAAUGAUCCUUGACCUUUUGUAAGUCUAAUGUAUCCUGUAUUCUAUUCACAUACUGGCCUUGUAUUGGACAAUUCAUGUAGGCAAGAUGUUAAUAAAAUGCAGCUAUUUGCCUCGU